CCCUGCUUCUUCCGUGCCAGGUGCUGUGAACCUGUGCGUCUCCCUGCCGGUGCCUCAGGCCGUCCCCAUGGACCUGCGGAUCGGACAGCGCUUUGUCAAGCCCGGCUCCGACACCACCCUGCUGGCUCUCAAGCAGACCCAGCAGCUGCAGCACCAGCUCUUCUUGGCCAGUCUGCACCAACAGCAGGUGGAGCAGUUCACCCACCAGCACAUGCGGGUGAACAUGGACUCCCCGCAGCGCGAGGCAGAGGCUGGGCAGCAGGAGCAGGAGCUGCGGCUACUCCUCAAUAAGGACAAGAGCAAACGAAGUGCGGUGGCGAGCACGGUGGUGAAGCAGAAGCUAGCUGAGGUCAUCCUGAAGAAACAACAGGCAGCUUUGGAAAGGACCAGCAACCCCAGUGGCCCCCCAAUGCCAUACAGGUCUCUAGAGCCCCUGGAUACCGAAGGGCCUGCCCCUCCUGUGCUCAGCCCCUUCCUGCCACAAGUCCCCAGCAGUUCCAUAGACCCUCCGGAGCACUUUCCUCUGCGGAAAACAGCAUCUGAGCCCAACCUGAAGGUGCGCUACAAGCCCAAGAAAUCGAUGGACCGGCGUAAGAACCCGCUGACUCGCAAGGAGAGUGCACCCCCUUCCCUGAAGAGGAGGCCAGUAGAGGCCAUUGACUCUUCCCCCAGCAGUAGCAGCACCCCCGUGUCAGGCUGCAGCUCCCCCAACGACAGCCUCCCAGCGGAACAUGGAGUCCCCCCCACCGGGCCCAGCAUUGCCCAUGAGGGUGACGCAGACCGUCGCUCCCUCUCUGGCUUGGCUCACCGAGUGCCAGUGCUGAAUGGGCCUGUCCUCCCAGGCACCCACUCGUCCAUGUUCAUCCCAGCUGGCUUGGAGCAGCAUGAACCUGGGGGUCCUCUGUCCCCUCGGCUUCAGCCUGUCAUUAUCCUCGAGUCCUCGGUCACCCACGCGCCCCUUGUGGCAAUGCCAGGCCUGGGGACGGUCCCGUUCCACUUCGCCCACUCGCUCAUCCCCACCGACCGGCUGUCACUGCCAGGCCACCACAAACCGCUGGGGCGGACCCGCUCGGAGCCCCUGCCCCCCAAUCCUAAGGCCAUCCAGCAGCAGCUGGCGUACCAACAGCAUCAUGCCCAAUUCCUGGAGAGGCUCAAGCAGCAGACACACUUGGGCAAGCUCAUGGCCAAGUCCACCGAGAAGCCUCGUCUGCGGCAGAUCCCCUCCUCGGAGGACAUGGAGGCCGAGCGGGGGCUCCCAGAGGGAGCGAGCGGGCGCGGUGACCAGCCUAAAGGCCGAGGAGAGCUCACGCGGCCAGGGGGCAGCACAAAGGAGCCUGAGCGGAGCCCAAAGCUCUUGCAGCCACAGGAGGAGCUUGUCUUGCAGCAGGCCUACCUGUGGGAGCAGCACCAGCGCCUGCAGCACCCGCUCCUCGUCCCUGCCCCCCACGGAGGGCCCCGGCCUCUCUCCAGGGCCCAGUCAUCUCCUGCCACCGCUACCAUUGCCCUUCCUGCCCAAGAAGCACCCACCAAGGCACUCUCCUUGCCGGUGCAAGAGCCGCCUGCCAAACCACACUUCACAACAGGGCUUGUGUAUGACUCUGUGAUGCUCAAACACCAGUGCUCCUGUGGGGACAACAGCAACCACCCUGAGCAUGCUGGGAGAAUUCAGAGCAUCUGGUCCCGCCUACAGGAGCGGGGUCUGCGCAGCCAGUGCGAGUGUCUGCGGGGACGCAAAGCAACCCUGGAGGAGCUGCAGUCGGUGCACACUGAGCGCCACGUCUUCCUCUACGGCACCAACCCCCUCAAUCGCCUCAAACUGGACAAUGGGAAACUGGCAGGGAUCCUGUCGCAGAGGAUGUUCGUCAUGCUGCCCUGUGGGGGCGUGGGGGUGGACAGCGACACUAUCUGGAAUGAGCUGCACUCCUCCAAUGCUGCCCGCUGGGCUGCCGGCAGCGUCACCGACCUGGCCUUCAAGGUGGCCACGAGGGAGCUCAAGAAUGGCUUUGCUGUGGUGCGACCCCCAGGACACCAUGCGGACCCUUCCACUGCCAUGGGUUUCUGCUUUUUCAACUCAGUGGCAAUAGCAGCUAAGCAGCUGCAGCAGAAGGGGAAGCUCAGUAAAAUCCUCAUUGUGGACUGGGAUGUUCACCAUGGCAACGGCACCCAGCAAGUGUUCUACAAAGACCCAGAUAUUCUCUACAUCUCAUUACAUCGCCAUGAUGACGGCAACUUUUUCCCUGGCAGCGGGGCAGCGGAUGAGGUUGGCUCUGGCGCUGGCAAGGGAUUUAACGUCAACGUGGCUUGGACUGGUGGGCUUGACCCACCCAUGGGCGAUCCGGAGUACUUGGCAGCUUUCAGGACUGUCGUGAUGCCGAUUGCCCACGAGUUCUCUCCGGAGGUGGUGUUGGUGUCUGCGGGGUUUGACGCAGCUGACGGCCACCCACCACCUCUGGGAGGCUACAAAGUCUCUGCCAAAUGCUUCGGCUACAUGACCCGACAGCUGAUGAGUCUGGCAGGGGGAGCCAUCGUCCUCGCCCUAGAAGGGGGUCAUGACCUCACGGCCAUCUGCGAUGCCUCGGAGGCCUGUGUGGCUGCCCUGCUGGGCAAAGAGCUGGAUCCUCUCCCAGAGGAGAGCGUGAGGCAGAAGCCGAACCCCAACGCCGUGCGCUCCUUGGAAGCAGUGAUGCGGGUCCAGAGUCAGUACUGGGGCGCUGUGCAGCGCUUUGCCUCCAAGGUGAGCUGCUCCUUCCUGGAAGCGCAACACCAUGACCCAGAAGAGGUGGAGACCGUGACGGCCUUGGCCUCCCUGUCAGUGGCGGCGAUGGCGGAGAAGAGGCCGCAGGAUGAGCCGAUGGAAGAAGAGGAGCCCAUGAACCAGUGACGAGCGGUGCUGGUCUGAGUCGCCAAUGGCUGAAGGAGUCUGGACGCUCCCUGACCAGUGACUCGCUCUCAACUCUUGGCUCCCUGUCUGCCACGCUGUCCUCUCCCCAAGUCUCACCCAUGGAAUGGACGGGCUGUCUGGCUGCAGCAGCUGCAGGUCACCCUCAGAGGAGCCCGCUGCUCUCUGAGAAUUACCCUCCUGCUUGGCAUCAGCCAUGGACCAGGAUCUCUGCUCCAGGGAGCUGCCCUGCCAUGCCUGGCCAUGUGUUUCCACCUGCUCUCCCCUCAGGGCCUGGCAGGGGCGUAAGGGGCCAGUGGGGUUGAAAAGGCUCCUGCCCUGCCUGCGUGGUAGAGAGCUGCCUUUCUGCAAGGGCUCGUCCGGGUGGCAGGGGGGACUGGGCGGGGCUUGGGGUGGACAGUGAUGGUUGACGAGCUGUUCAGCACCAACCUGAGGAUUGUGCCGCUUCUCCAGACAGUCGGGUUCCCACAGGGUCCCCCACAUUGCACGCCCCGGGAGGGGACCAGGACAUUCUCUGUGCCUCUGGGGUGGCCAGGAGUGAGGGGUGGCGAGUUGGGGCUCGAACCUGUUGUGAAUGAGAAGAGGUUAGAAGAUGGUUGAUGACAUGCAAAUCCCAGGGAAGUGGGAAAAGCCUGAACUCCAGUGUCUCGUGUGUCCAGAACUGCAGGCAUGGGACAUGGCUGCCUUACCCACUAACCAGAGCGUGAGCCCACGGGGACGGGGCCUCUCGGAUUUGCACUAUUACAAACUACGUGUGUGCUCAGGUGCACCUGGCAGACCUUUCCUUCCAUGGGACAGUGAGGAACAAAGUCCUCUGCAGACGAACGCUCAGGAAGUGACUUGAGCCCUGGAACAAGGAGCCAAGCCAGUGACCUGAUGAUCCAUGUCUUUGUAACGUGUCCCUUUGUCCUGAUCCGGGGCGGGGGCUUCUUCCAGAGUAGCCAUUGAGGGCUCUCCGAGUGUCCCUGAGACAGUCCUCACUAGGGUACCUGCCUUAGACCCCACCCCUCUUUCCUGCCUGGUACCCCAGCUGCCAAGGAGAAAUAAGGUGUCUUAGUCUAACAUGGACUCAGCUUACCAUGGGUCUGAAUGCUGCUCAGUGCUCAGCUAGCCCAAGAUGGGGCACGUUAGAAACACUUCCAAGCUCCCAAGAUCCAGCCAGAACCUCUUUGGAGUGAGUGGAGACCCCAGCCCAAUUCCUGCUCCUCCCCAAGUCCUGGGUGCUCUGCAGACCCUGCCUGAGCAGGGAAUCAUUGUGAGAGGUGCUGCACCAACACCCCUCCCCCCAAUAUUGAGGCCAUGUAACCCUGCUGCUUCCCAGACCCCCACCAAGAUCAGGGCUCUGUUGUGCUAGCUGCUGUGCAGACCCCAACCAGGAUCAAAGCCCUGUCAUGCCUGGUGAUGCACUGAGCCAGCUGCAAUUGGGACCCUGUCCGGACAGCACUACACAGACACACUUGGACUGACAGUUCCUUUCCUCAGCUCCAGGAGGACUAGAAUAGGGGCUGCUCAUGCCAAGAGUUUCCCUCAUCCCUGGGCAGAGCACAUGGGUUCGUACCCCCCCCCCCCCCCCCAUAGCCUCAGCUCCUUCCGCUCACCCAGCUGAAGGAGAUCCAUGGUUCUGAUCAGUGGCCUCCAGCGCUGGCAGCUUUUAUGACUCUCACCAGCUCGCCCUGACUUCACUGUAUCAUCUCAAGGAAGCAGAAGAGCUAAAAACUAUCCCCCUCACCUGCCCUGUUCAGGUUUUGCAGAGGAACAGAAGUGGGCCAGCCCGUAGCAGCUUUCUGGUCCAGGAGCCCACACGCCUGGGUUGAUCUCAUUCCGGCCAGCUCCUGUCGAAGUGGGGUUGUCACGCCCAGUCUCUCAGUGCACUGACUGGGCAGGGGAGUGGGCAUGUGGGGCCACGGAGCAGUUAAAAUGUUGGCAGGGGCACAAAGGGGCUACCAUGAGUCACUGAUGGCAGAGUCACCUCCCGAGAGCUACCACGAGUCACUGAUGGCAGUGAGCUGCAGCCAAAGCCCUGAGGCUCUGAGCCCUCGCCACCAGGCUGUGAACACCAGGACAAUCUCACCUGGCUUUAGAGAGGGGCCCAACCCAGAAGCUGAUGUGACACAGCAAUGCGCACACAUGGGCCUGUUGGAUGGUCACAACCACUUCCUGGAGUGCUGGGGUGGGCACUCCUCAAUGGACUAAGUUUCUCCAUGGGCCCACUGCUACCCAGCCCUCGUCAAUGUCCAGCAGCAGAUGGGCAGGGUGGAGGCAUGAAUUUCAGUGAUACUGGUGGGGGCACAGCGGGGCCUGGGGUACCUGGCCAGGGUCUGGCGGUGCAGCGAAAGGGGUGAGUGUUUGUAAAAAUAUAACAGCCAGAAAGGUCUUUUUUCUGACCUGGGAAGAAUAAACAUUUCUUUGCCUUUGAA